AUGAAAGGAGGAGAUGGCUUGUUGUGGAAGACACAAGGAGAUUCCCAAUGUCAUGCCGAGAGCAUAGCUGGAGUACACGAACUCAGGUUUGAAAGUUCGUUGACCGGAUUCGUCCCACAACUACAACAACAACAACAACAACAACAACAACAACAACAACAACAACAACAACAACAACAACAACAACAACAACAACAACAACAACAACAACAACAACAACAACAACAACAACAACAACAACAACAACAACAACAACAACAACAACAACAACAACAACAACAACAACAACAACAACAACAACAACAACAACAACAACAACAACAACAACAACAACAACAACAACAACAACAACAACAACAACAACAACAACAACAACAACAACAACAACAACAACAACAACAACAACAACAACAACAACAACAACAACAACAACAACAACAACAACAACAACAACAACAACAACAACAACAACAACAACAACAACAACAACAACAACAACAACAACAACAACAACAACAACAACAACAACAACAACAACAACAACAACAACAACAACAACAACAACAACAACAACAACAACAACAACAACAACAACAACAACAACAACAACAACAACAACAACAACAACAACAACAACAACAACAACAACAACAACAACAACAACAACAACAACAACAACAACAACAACAACAACAACAACAACAACAACAACAACAACAACAACAACAACAACAACAACAACAACAACAACAACAACAACAACAACAACAACAACAACAACAACAACAACAACAACAACAACAACAACAACAACAACAACAACAACAACAACAACAACAACAACAACAACAACAACAACAACAACAACAACAACAACAACAACAACAACAACAACAACAACAACAACAACAACAACAACAACAACAACAACAACAACAACAACAACAACAACAACAACAACAACAACAACAACAACAACAACAACAACAACAACAACAACAACAACAACAACAACAACAACAACAACAACAACAACAACAACAACAACAACAACAACAACAACAACAACAACAACAACAACAACAACAACAACAACAACAACAACAACAACAACAACAACAACAACAACAACAACAACAACAACAACAACAACAACAACAACAACAACAACAACAACAACAACAACAACAACAACAACAACAACAACAACAACAACAACAACAACAACAACAACAACAACAACAACAACAACAACAACAACAACAACAACAACAACAACAACAACAACAACAACAACAACAACAACAACAACAACAACAACAACAACAACAACAACAACAACAACAACAACAACAACAACAACAACAACAACAACAACAACAACAACAACAACAACAACAACAACAACAACAACAACAACAACAACAACAACAACAACAACAACAACAACAACAACAACAACAACAACAACAACAACAACAACAACAACAACAACAACAACAACAACAACAACAACAACAACAACAACAACAACAACAACAACAACAACAACAACAACAACAACAACAACAACAACAACAACAACAACAACAACAACAACAACAACAACAACAACAACAACAACAACAACAACAACAACAACAACAACAACAACAACAACAACAACAACAACAACAACAACAACAACAACAACAACAACAACAACAACAACAACAACAACAACAACAACAACAACAACAACAACAACAACAACAACAACAACAACAACAACAACAACAACAACAACAACAACAACAACAACAACAACAACAACAACAACAACAACAACAACAACAACAACAACAACAACAACAACAACAACAACAACAACAACAACAACAACAACAACAACAACAACAACAACAACAACAACAACAACAACAACAACAACAACAACAACAACAACAACAACAACAACAACAACAACAACAACAACAACAACAACAACAACAACAACAACAACAACAACAACAACAACAACAACAACAACAACAACAACAACAACAACAACAACAACAACAACAACAACAACAACAACAACAACAACAACAACAACAACAACAACAACAACAACAACAACAACAACAACAACAACAACAACAACAACAACAACAACAACAACAACAACAACAACAACAACAACAACAACAACAACAACAACAACAACAACAACAACAACAACAACAACAACAACAACAACAACAACAACAACAACAACAACAACAACAACAACAACAACAACAACAACAACAACAACAGCAGUAA